CAGGAGGCGGAGAUCACAGCAGGUCAAGUUCCUAACCUGAGACAGAGCUCAGGGUUCGAGUCAUUCCCGUGCAGCUUCUGUAUCUGCUGUAACUCAGCAGGAAGAAUGUCGUCCGUCUGUGUACCGCCACCAGAAUGCCUGCAGAAACCUCUGAUGAUUCCUCAGCGCCACAUGUUUGGACCAGGCCCAUCCAAUGUUCAUCCACGUAUUUUAGAGGCCGGGGCCCAGCCUGUCAUUGGACACAUGCAUCCAGAGACAUUUGAGAUCAUGAACGACAUCAAGAGUGGAAUCCAGUAUAUGUUCCAGACUCGGAACAAAGUGAGCUUUGCUGUUAGCGGCACUGGCCAUGCGGCUAUGGAAUGCGCCAUCUUCAACACAGUGGAGGCCGGCGAGAGCGUGCUGUGCGCUGUCAAUGGCAUCUGGGGCGAGCGGGCUGCAGAAAUAGCUGACAGGAUAGGUGCCAGAGUCAGUACCAUUGUCGCACCUCCUGGUGGCUUCUUCACAAAUGAAGAAAUUGAGCAGGCCUUGUCCAAACACAGGCCGGUGAUGUUAUUCAUCGCACACGGAGAGUCUUCUACAGGAGUCCUGCAUCCUAUAGACGGCAUUGGACAGCUGUGUCAUAAGUACGACUGUUUGUUUGUCCUGGACUGUGUGGCCUCACUGGGAGGAGUCCCUCUGUACAUGGACCAGCAAGGUAUAGACAUCUUGUACACUGGCUCUCAGAAGGUGUUGAAUGGGCCUCCUGGUACAGCACCCAUCUCCUUCAGUGAAAGAGCUUGCCAGAAAAUAUUUAACCGCAGAACAAAGCCGGUGUCCUUCUUCCUGGACCUGAGCUGGCUGGCAAACUACUGGGGAUGUGACGAAAAGCCAUCAAGAAUAUAUCACCACACAGGACCUGUGUCUGCCUUUUACUCUCUGAGGGAGAGCCUGGCUGUCCUCACCGAGCAGGGUCUGGACAAUUCAUGGGAAAGACAUCGAGCAGUGGCAGAAUAUUUUCACGCUGGCCUGGAGAGCAUGGGACUCCAGCUUUUCGUCAAAGAUAAAAAAGCGCGGUUGCCGACAGUUACCACUAUUGUUGCUCCUCACGGAUACGACUGCAAAGAGAUCACAAGCUAUAUCAUGAAGACACAUCAUCUGGAGAUUUCUGGGGGGCUCGGACCAACAAUUGGACUGGUGUUGCGUGUGGGUCUUAUGGGCUGGAACAGCAGCAGGCCCAGUGUGGACCUGGUGCUGGCAGCGCUCAGUGACGCCCUGAAGCACUGCCACAGGAGCAAAGUGUAGCACGCCGCUCUUAUCAACACCAAGCCAAAAACAAAGACUCUAAGAUCUGUAAGGUGAAGGAAACAAUGGAGGAAGUACUAAAGAUUAAUUUGAACACUUUGGGUCGGUGAUGAUGACUGAAAUCAAAGCACAUGUUAAAGAAAAAAUAAAAAGGUGCACAGAGGAGCAUGAACAUGUUCCACUUUUUAAAGAACUCUGCAAACAUGUUAGAGUAUAGA